GUCCUGUUGAAAGCUUAUUGCCUCGUUAAUGCCACAUUCUCUUUGCUAUGUGCAUGAGGAUUUCUCCAGCUGACUCGGGUAACAGUGGCAUUUUGUUUGUUGGAUUCAACCAAGAUAGCGGUUGUUUCGCAGUAGGCAUGCAGAAUGGGUUUCGCAUAUUCAACUCCGAUCCUUUGAAACAACUUGAACGCUUUGAAUUUGAUGUUCGCGACGGAACCGGAGUUGGAUUUCUAGAGAUGCUUUUUCGUACCAACCUGCUAGGUAUUUUGGGCGGUGGACAUCAUGCUCGUUUGCCCAGUAACGUGGCCUGCUUGUGGGAUGGAAUAAAGCAACAAUUUUUCCUAGAGAUUUCUUGUUCUUCGGAAGUUAAAUCCCUACGCCUGCGAAGGGACAGGAUUGUCAUCGUGCUCCUGGAUGCAGUCAAGGUGUACACCUUUGACCAGUCCCCGCAAUUGGUCUAUGAGUCUACAACAUUUCCAAACCCUCAUGGUCUGUGUCAUAUAUGCCAAGCACCCGACAACCCCUUGAUUGCAUUUCCGGGUAAACGGCCCGGGUCACUACUUCUGGUGAACGUUGGCAACGUUGCGGCCGCGUCUUCAGUGUCACCAGCUACCCCUUCGUCCACCUCUGCGAAUAACAUGCCCCCGAGACAAAUAGCUGCUCACGAGAAUGCUCUAGCCUCCAUUGAGAUGAACUCCAACGGUCUCUUCCUUGCCACUGCUUCCCAGAAAGGUACGAUCAUUCGAGUGUUUUCCACAAAAGACUGCCGGCUACUUCACGAACUCCGGCGCGGCAUCAAUCCAGCCACAGUUACCUCAUUGUCUUUCAAUUCCACCAGCGAUCUGCUAUGCGUGACAAGUGAACGGGGCACUGCGCAUAUCUUCAACUUGAAAAAGGAAUCUUCCACCAGCGAAAAGCAUCGCACCAACCCAUCCACUUCCAACCCACGUGGCUUCACCAGUUCUGGAUCUCAAGAAUCGGUAACCAACUACUUCGCCAAUGUAAGUCAAAUCCGAUGCAUUUUGGAAACCAAAUACAAAGCCAUAUGCGCUUUCAGUCUCCUUAACCCGAACAUCCUCAUAGUCCUUGCCGCCGAUGGCUCGUACUACAAAUACAGAUUCACUCCAAACGGUGCAGUCACACGAACGACUUUCGUUAACUUUCUGGAUUUCUACGAUGACGAAUCCGAUUUUUGAUUUGGUUCCUUUCGAUCGUUUUCUACCAACUUUCUUGUACCUAAUUGACAAAACGACCCGUAUUUUCACUUCGGUUGACUAUAUGUUUAGAACAUCCCGACUAGACAUCCAUCUGGAUGUCACGAUUCGAAUGUCCAGCGCCAAUGAUUUCAGUGUCGAUUCAGUGCCUACGAUCACAAACGCCAAAUUUUUUCAUACAUAAUGCUACCGAUAUAUUUCUUCUUAAAAA